UAUUUACUAAAGCAUUUAGAGAAAGAGCUCUUAAAUUUACAGCAUAUUCCAUUAUAUGCUUUACUAAAUUCAGUUUACUCAAGAGUUUUGAUCUUUUUUACAUCUUUCUGUCGAUGUGUCUGAAUUCCGUGUUAUUAAGUUGUUCAUGAUCUGUGAAGCAUAUAUUUGCUGGUAGUAUUUCCUGCCACUGAAGCAGCAAAAGGUUUUGAUUUGAGAUCUUCCCUAGCAAAGCUGUGAUGGUCAGCAUACUAAACUGAUUCUCCUGUAAAAAGGAAACAGUCUUUGCACCAUUUGGUUAGUUUGGGGCUGCAGCAUUUGCUACUGUUUUGGAGAACUCCUUGGGAAUCUUUUAAAAUUUUUCUAGAUAUUGUCAGCAAAUUUUCAUGGUGGUUUAGUUUUUUAUUGUCAUGUAAUUUGCUGCUAAUGGUGACUAUAUUUUUGUAAUUAUUAGGGGGUUUUUAGUGUUGAUUUCCCAGGUAAAGGUUACUGGAACAGUGUAUAUAAAGUCCUUCUCUAACAAAAAGACCUUUGACAAUCUUAAGUAUUUUCUCUCCUUUUUUUUUUUUUUCUUUCAACAUGGUCUUUUGAAAAGGAAGCGUUUUUCAACAUUGAACAAGCAGAAUUCAUUCCGCUUACACCAGGUUCCCCCCCCCCCCCCCCCAUUAUCAAAGAGACUACAUUAAGCAGCAACCAUUUUUGUAUAGUGCUGUGGCCAAGCUUUGAGUCUGCCGGUGGAGUCGCAGGGCUGAGCCUCCCUUCUGCACCGAUUGGCACAGGCUUCAGCCCUGGUCUUUGGGCCGCGUGUUGCUGUGCUGGAAUGUCAGUGUUGGCCCGGCAGCACCUGUGUCACAACGCCACGUGUGGGGCAGUCCUGGAGCUGGAGCCCAGUGCCCUGGAGCCCAGUGCUGCAGCCACAAUGGCUUCCAAAGGGACGGAUGCAGAUACGCAAGGAUGAGAAAGAAAACUUGGCCUUCCCGUGUUGCUGUAUUGCCAUACACCUGAUUCUCUUGUUUGCACCUUCCCGAGCUUGCUGGAAGGUGUUGAUAGGGAUACAUUGGUGAUCAUCUAUCAACUUUCCUUUCUUCCCUAUUUGUUUUCUUUCCCCCAAACUACCCAGGAAUAAGAUGCAGGAAGUAAGGAUAGAGAUUUUACUCUUUCAGCUCCCACAUAUGUUGGACUUGCUAAGUCUCUCCUGAGUUGGUACUGACAGAGAUAGCAACCCUGUGGUGUUGGUCAUCUCUGGCUUUUGACCAAAGUGGAUUGUGUGGGCUGUGCUCUGGCUGGGCACCAGUGUUCCUGGCUGUUGGAUUUAGUAGUUGAUGUUUUAUAGACCAAAAUGUAGACAAAGUAUUCUUUUCGUUCUAAGAAUUUUCUCUGGCGAGCAGACAUGACUGAAGCAUCAAAAUUAUUACAAAUGGAGACUCUGUACUGCCAGGACAAGUAUUACUUUCCAUCUCUUAAGCUAUGAGAGUGUGCAAAGCCAGCUGUACUGUGCCUGAGGCAGAUAGUGACAAUGACAGAAGUAUGCUUUAAUUUGGAAGUGCAAGGCUUGUUUGUGAGCAAUCUUGUUUUUCUUCCUUAUCUUCCUAAAUUCAGAUAAGAAAACAAUGCUUUUUGUUAUGGGGAAAUUGAAUGGUAUUUUAUUUAUAUGAUUCAGUUUUGCAAUGGAUCAUGAAAGGAUUGUCGCUUUAAAUAUAAUUACAAUAUUAAAGACUCUCCUUCUGCUUCCCCUUCCAUGCACAUCUGAGUCUCAUAUGGUAAUUAGUUUUCAUCUCAAACUUACCAGAUGACCUCAUUAAAAUGUUUCUAUGUCCUCCAGGCUUGUUAACUGCCAUUUGCCAAAAUUCUUGAGCAAGCACGGAAUGAUCCCAGAGUUUUAUAUGAUGCCUUGGAAACAAGAUAUGAAGAACAGGAAGCUCAUUUUAAAGAAUGCAGAACUUGCUGGAAUAUAUGCUGGAGCUCCAGAAGAUAGUCUGUUUUUGGAGCACCAGGAAAGACUUUGCCAUGGAGAAGAAAGAAAAAACCUCCAAGAAAAAAUGCCUCAGGAGAUGCUAGUUGCUGAUAUCCCCAUACAUUCUCAUUUAUCCAGAUACCAGGCAUAUGUGAUUGCUCUUGCAUGCAGGAGAAAACUCUGACCUGCUUUUUCCUUUUACGCUUAUAGUCAGGUUUAAACUAUGUACACUGUAAGGUUUAAAUUGCACGCAAGACUGAAUCAAACCAUUCUGUGGACUCUUCUGUUUUUUCUUUUUAGAGAGUAGUCAAAAAAAUUGCCUUAACAUUUGGCCAGCUGUCAUUGAUAAAGGAUAUGAGAACCUAAAAUAUUUUGGACUCAAGGUUGUGGUUGGAAAGCAGAAAGUACAUAUAGAUAGGUAUGUUUCUGAAGUAGGGCAAAGCUUGGGAUCCUUCUCAGCUCUUCAUCGGUUUCCAAGAAAUUGGUGGCAGCGCAAUUCCUUUUUGUCUCCUGUCUCCUUUUAAAGUCCUCUUUUUAUUCUCCCCCAUCUUGUCCUUCUGGAGAUGUUUUCCUGAGCCACCUUACCUCAUUUUCUUGUUUAAGCAGUACUUCUAUUUCUGUCUAACUCAAACAUAAAUAACAACACAUUUUUGAAAGAUAAGCAGCAAAUGAACAAUUCUGCAGCACCAGCUUCUGGAAACUGUCCAACCCAUAUUGCUUUAGCUGUUGUGUUUGUCUCUAACGCCUCUGUCGUGGGACUAAAGUGUUCCCAAGUGUACUAUAGUGAAGUAAGAUUUUCAUUGUUGGCGGAAGGAGGAAUUUCUGGGCUGCAAUCACUGACAUCCUGUAAAAGGAAAGGAGACAAAUGUGGAAAGAUUCUCAAGGGCUAUCAGGCAAAAUAUGAAGAAAUGAAGAAUCAGCUGAAGUAAUCUGGGUAUAAAAUAAUAUAAACUCCACAAAUGACAGCAGCUAGUUGCAGCCAUGCAAGUACCUUCACUGUAGAACUUUUCAGUCCAAAAUUGGUAAAUUUAAGAAGAAUGUAAUUCAAUUUUGCAUUGUGAUUCUCUCCACAAUUCCUCACUUGUGGAAAUGCCUCAGCUCCAAACUGGAGGGUGGAAAGUGGCACAUCUAAAGAAAGGAAAAAAUCUUUAAUGUUUUUAAGGUGCUGAGGUUUUUUAUAAGUGUUCUGGGAUAUUUAAAAACAGAAAGGGAAAAAAACAAACAAAACCACUUUCUGGAUACUAGGUUUUAUUUCUUUCACAUCUACCUUAUGUGAGACAAUUAAGUUUGUCUACUGUAAUAUGUUUAUCUAGAUACUUUAUUAUCAUAAUCUUUUAAAAUAUAAUAUACUAAAGCUUUAGUUUAGGUUAUUCUCCUCAAAAGUUAUUUUAUUCCAAGUUAUUCUAUCUUUAUAUUCUGGUUUGUAGCAGAUUUUCUCCAUUAAAUCAAACAGACAGAAGCUGGCUUCAAAGCUGUAAGUACUUAUUAAUAGAAAUACAAAAUUGCCAUGGAAACAAAUGAGCAGAAGGGCUCUGAAGACAUUCUCUUCAUAAUUACUAUCUGUUUAGUGUUGCGUGCCUAGAAAUACUAACACCUCAGCAUUUUUUCCUUAAAUGGUCUCAAAAUCUAAAAUAGUUGUGUUUAUAUUUCUUUAGAAAAAUAUGUAGUAUAUAUUUUGUAUCUUGUAGCUUUUCCCUGCAGAACUCCUGUCACAGUGGAUAAAAAUCUAUGGUAGAUACAAUUCUUUUAUACAAAGGCAAUAAAAAUGAACUAAUGUAUCACCGCUGUUACUGCUAGGUAAGUUGUUUUUCCUGCUCUGAAAAGAUGUCAGUUAUAUAUCUUGUCCUAUUUUUAUUUGAUUUGGAUUGUCAUGCUAUUCCUCUGAGCUCAUUUUCUGCUAACUGAUAAUUUCUUACAUUACCCAGAUUUUCCCCAAUGAAAGGCAUUCAAGAUUAGUUUCUCUGUGAGAACAUCUGCAGUACCCCUCACAAGGCGCUCUGAUGCUUCAGUAAAGUCAUUCAUUAUUUUUAACAAAACCUGCAGAGGUAAAUGGAACCUUCUGUGUGAUCAAGCUGUCAUUUUGCAAUGCGUUGUUGAUUGUAUGGUGCUCUAUUGCUGUGUUUUCAGUUUGUAUGAUUACUUCUAGCGAAAUCAGAAUAUGUACAGAUGAAAGAGGAACAGCAGUGUCACACUUUUUAAGGAUUAAUUAAAACUACUUUUA